AUGGCUGCCCCUCCUGUCCCACCACGACCUUUUGACGACUACGACGCCCCGCACCGUCAGGACGACGCUCCUCCCGCCGUGCCUCCUCUCCCGCCCGACUUCAAUCCCGAUCAGUAUUCAUCUGGGCCUCACUACGAGGACCCCCUCGUGGCGCCCCGUCCUCACAAGCUACAGCCCGAUCUUCCCAAGAACAUGGCACAAUCCUUGGAUGAGCAAGCGUCCGUGCCACCUGUUCAGCCAGGCCACAUCCUGAACGCUUCCUAUCCCCAACCUGCGUUCACGGGCAGCUUUGCUACUUCUCCUCCCACCAACGACUACCUCGGCUAUCUUCCCCAAGGACCUGCAUUGUCUCGAGGCCCUAGCCCUCUGCCUCCUCCCCAGGGUUCGAACUGGUCACCCUGGUCGCCUCCUCCCCCUCAACAAUCCAUGACGCCCUCCUUCCCGAUGCCCUUCGCUUCCCCCGGUCCUUCCAGUGCCCAGCACGAGCAUCAGAGAAGUUUGUCAGGCUCUUUCGCGAACUUGACCCUGGGGCCCCGUACCUCAUCUCCGCUUUCCGGUCCCUCUGGCGCGCGCGAUGGGCCCCCUUCCCUCACCGCUCCACUUCCUACCCUUGCCACUCUUUCCGUGCAACAAACCGCAAUCCAGCAGCCAAAUGCUGACCCUUCCCGCAAGAUCGUCUGGUGCCGAGACGUUCUCUCCCUCGUCGAUCGUGCGCAGCAACUUCACGCUCGCUCUAGCCCGACAUCUACCGACCCAGUCGUGGGACCUGCUCAGAUCAAUGACCCCGAGCUGCAAAAGCUCGUGAACGUCGCAAUCCCCAUCCUACUACAGAUUGCUUCCCAACAGCCACAAGGUUCCCUCCCUCCGUAUGUUGCCGAGGCCAUUUACAUGCGUGCCAUGUGCGCAUCGACGGGAAUCUACCCACAGUUCAUCCCUCACGACCCCAGAACUGCCUUCCGGGAUUUCGAGCGAGCCGCCAAGUCCGGCUACCACGCCGCUUGGUUCAAGCUCGGGCGCGAAUACGAGAACUUCGGGGAUCUUCAGCACGCGAAGGAGUGCUUUGAGAGGGGUACGAAGCAUGGCGUGGAGAGCUGUUUCUACCGUCUUGGCAUGGCACAUCUGAUGGGACAACUUGGGUUCACCGCCGACCCACAGGCGGCGCUUCCACUGCUCAAUCGCGCUGCGACCCUCGCUACGAUCGAAGUGCCGCAACCCGCGUAUGUUUAUGGCCUCUUGCUCCUCAACGAAUUCUCGCACGUGUCGAUUCCCCCGCAGCUCUUCCAACCUUUCCUUCCCCCUGGUGUAACGCCUCCGGAGGAAGCACGUCGACAUCUUGAGCGGGCGGCGUACCUCAACUUCGCUCCUGCCCAAUAUAAGCUUGGUCACGCGUAUGAAUUCGCGACUCCACCCUUCCCAUUCGAUGCCCUCCUAAGCGUGCAGUACUAUUCCCUCGCCAGCCAGCAAGGGGAGAUUGAGGCCGACAUGGCACUUUCCAAGUGGUUCUUGUGCGGUGCCGAGGGAGCGUUCGAUAAGGACGAGGGUCUGGCAUGGACUUUUGCAGAGAAAGCAGCCCGCAAGGGUCUGCCGAGCGCCGAGUUUGCACUCGGCUACUAUUCUGAGGUGGGCGUGGGUGGCCCGAGAAAUAUCGACGCCGCCCGCAAGUGGUAUCAAAAGGCCGCGCAGCACGGUAAUGCGGAUGCUACAGAGCGCCUGCAGGCAUUGGCUCAGCCGACGCCUCAAACCCUUUCACGUGAACAACACGAGAAUCUUACGGACUCGAAGCUUGUGCGAAAGCGAACCCAGGCGAAACAGCGCUCUGAGGCCGUCCAGGGCCCGGCUAGUGUGACGCAGCCUAUGCCUGCAGCGCGCCGCACUCAGAUUGUCAACAACAUUCGGAAAAACUCAUUGCGUACCGGCCCUCUAGGACCUUCGGCACACCCUGCAGGAGCCGCAACAGGCCCACCAGGUUAUGACAAUGCGCCAUUGACGAGUUCUCCGUCGAAUCUAGGACAGGCUGCACCUCUCCCUCGUGUUGACGAAUACGGAAGCGGGCCACAUAGGGCGUCCGGUCCAUCCAGUGGACCCACAUCACCGAUGCCCGCUGGCAUGAGUACUCGGCCGUACAACAGCAACGUACAUCCGAAUGCUCCUCCUCCCGGCCAGCCCCAAACCCAGCAUCAACGGCUCCAAUCAGCCGGCCCUGGGCCUGCAAGCUCACCUCGACCUGCGGGGACUCCGCCCCUGCGUCGUCUUGGUGGCACUCCUCAGACACAGAGUCCAUCGCAAACCGCGCCUCAGGCUGUGCAGCCACCAGCGCGACCACCCACGAAAGGUCCGCAGACAUUUGCAGAGAUGGGCGUCGCGACUACGAAGGUCGAAGACGAUUCGAACUGUGUCGUCAUGUAAGAGUCGAUGGUAUAGCAGGAAGCGUGUGCGAGCCACCGUCUUCAUUCAUGGACUAUUGCUGAUAUAUGUUAGUACACUCUGGAAUCGGUACGCAGGUUAGGACUUUAUCCCCAUGUCUCCUUUGUAUUCAAUAGCGUGCGUACACUAGACAAAUUGAACG